GUAGCCAUUCAGCAACCUGGCGCCGCAGAGAGCAGACUCGAGCCAGAGAGCCUGCAGAGCGUCGAUUCACAGCGCAGACAAACACACAGACAGACACAGGAGGAGGGAACCAGGAGGACCCGAAGAGACACACGAAAACCCUCGAAAGGAACCCUUUUCCACCUUCAAAAUUACCGUGGAUCAGACAAGAAAGCACCUGCAUCCGUGGAGCUAUUUUCCGGCAGAGGAAGCGUCAGAGUGGUCGCAGGGGUCGGUGUGACUCAUUGAUAAAUAACACGAGCCGUGUCCGGACAGAUGCAUGAAUGACUGCCUGAGUCGGAAGCCCGCAGUCGGGGAAUCUGUGAAGGAGACUCGCGUUGUUGUUCAUCAGCCUCGUUCUCAAACGCGCACGGGACACUGACGGUUAUUCGGAGUGACAUUUUAUGCGUCUGAUUUUGACUUUCUCCUCUUCUUUUUUUUUUUGGCUUCCUAAGCGGCUCGAGGGCCCUUCGAGCAGCGGACUAAAAACAAAACAAAUCCCAGACCUGUUUUCUUGGUUGCUUGCCUCUGUCGAGCUGCAGCCAAGAAACUCCAUCCAAACCCUUCGCUUCUUCCAAUAAAUUUUUUUAAACUCCUGCGUAUAAAUGCUCGACAAGCUGAAGCCCGUCGUCCAGCUCGACUCGGUAAUGGCGAUUAGCAAGACGGUGGGCUGGCUCCGGGAGCAGCUGGAGACGCGCAGGGACGGCCUGCUUGUGAUGGACUGCCGGGCCCAGGAGCUUUACGAGUCGUCGCAUGUCGAGACGGCCAUCAACGUGGCCAUCCCGAGCCUCAUGCUCCGCAGACUCAAGAAGGGGAACCUGCCCGUGAGGUCGCUGCUCUCUGACGGGGAGGACCGGGAGAAGUUCGUGCGGAGGUGCAAGACCGACACCAUCGUGCUGUACGACGAGUACAGCCGGGAGUGGAACGAGAAUGUGGACGGGGGCUCGGUGCUCGGUUUACUGCUGAGGAGGAUGAAGGACGAAGGAUACAGGGCCUAUUACCUGGAGGGUGGCUUCAGUAAAUUCCAGGCCGAGUAUCCCGCUAUGUGCGAGACCAACCUGGACGGCUCCUCCAACAGCAGCUCCCCCACCGCGCAGGUGCUGGGCCUCGGCGGGCUGCGCAUCAGCUCCGACUCCUCAGACAUCGAGUCUGACAUCGACCGGGACCCGAGCAGCGCCACGGACUCGGACGGCAGCCCGCUGUCCAACCCGCAGCCCUCCUUCCCGGUGGAGAUCCUUCCGCACCUGUACCUGGGCUGCGCCAAGGACUCCACCAACCUGGACGUGCUGGAGGAGUACGGCAUCAAGUACAUCCUCAACGUGACUCCCAACCUGCCCAACCUCUUCGAGAACGCGGGGGAGUUCAAGUACAAGCAGAUCCCCAUCUCGGACCACUGGAGCCAGAAUCUGUCCCAGUUCUUCCCAGAGGCCAUCAGCUUCAUCGACGAAGCUCGAGGUCAGAAGUGCGGCGUCCUGGUUCACUGUCUCGCCGGCAUCAGUCGCUCUGUGACGGUAACGGUGGCCUACCUGAUGCAGAAGCUCAACCUGUCCAUGAACGACGCCUACGACAUUGUCAAGACGAAAAAAUCCAACAUCUCUCCCAACUUCAACUUCAUGGGCCAGCUCCUAGACUUUGAGCGCACUCUGGGCCUGAAGAGCCCGUGCGACAACCGCAUAGCGGCGCCCAGCCAGCCGCUCUUCUUCACCACCCCAACGAACCAUAAUGUCUUCCAGCUGGACCCCCUGGAGUCCACGUGAGGUCUGCUCAAACGCUCCUCUACGUGAAACGGAGGUCUCAUGCACCUCCUGUUGGAAAAGCUGCAAAAAGUUUUCUCUUUUUUCCGUCGUCUGGCGAGAUGGCAUUGAUACAGCUGGUUUGAGGCGACUGCUGCUGAGCAACGUUACCGGAGGGCCGAAGCAGUUUGGGCCGAGACGCAGCUGCUUUCUUAAUAAAUGAGAAGAGACAGUGAAAGGGGAAAGAGAGUCAUUUAAAGAAUGCAGAUACUGUCUUCGAUCUUAUAUAACCGUUGGACUCCUGGGGUCUUUUCUCUCUUUUUUUGUAUCUGUUGUAUCAGAUGAAAGUCGGACAGCUGUGUGUUUCGCUUCAAAGCUCCUGGGCUGGUGUGCCAAAGAGACGAGAUUGUUCAAACUGGACAGAUCUAAAAAAAUCUUUUGUAUGGUCAGUUUUGGGGGUCUAGCACUCGUUCCCCCCCCCCCGAGACAUCAAGACGAUUUGUACGCUUUGUCUUCUGUGAAGACUUGCCUGUGUGGGGUUAAAGCACCCCAGCUUCAAAUGGCACACUAUAUACUGGACUCAAUUUUACAUUUGUGGAGUCUUUUCCAACAUUUAUACGUUGUGUAUAUAUAUCUUAAUAUAAGAGACAGUACAGUACAAGCCUUGCUCUACUAUAUAUACUCGCCCUUUGCAACAAUUGGGUACUGAAGAUUCUCUUUGUUUCAUAUUCUACUUUUAUGUAAGCAAAGCAAACUGCAUAUUGAUCAGUAUGUUUAAGUUGAUUAUGCCAAAAAUCAAGAAGAAUUGUGCAGAAACGUGUACAUGUGUAAUAUAUUUGAUAAUCGCUUUACGUGUGAAUUCAGCCGAUGGCCUUGUUUUUGCACCCCCCCCCCUCACAAAUCAAAGUCACCUUGGUUGUUUGCCUUACUUUUGCCCUCAGAAGGUUUUGUGCAUUAGCUUUCAGAGAAAUACACCAAAAUUCAGUUCCAUAGAAACCCACAGAACCUUUCUGAAAUAGCCACAAUCCAACCGUAAGCAGUUUUUCAUGUCUGCAUUUAAUUGGCCACUAUGCAUGUUUGAGUCAGCAUGGCCAUCAUGUGCUGUCUGGGUCUCUCUGAAGGUUAAUGUGAGUAAUCCUGAUCUGUGCACAAGGGUUAAAAGUCUCCAAUGUGUGGAGAGAAAGGAGGAGGCGCUGCUCUCCUCACCUCUUCAGGGAAAAUUCUGCUAAAUGCAGUUUUUUAUUUGUGAAGAUAAGAGAGGAAAAGUGCCCCCCCCCCCAUUUAAAGAGAAGGCCUCUUUCCGGGGGGGUGCCAUCUUGGUAAACCUCUGCCAACCCUGCUCCACACUCCUCUCUUACGAAUGUAAAGAAAAAGAUAAGUUAUUAAUAAAUUGCUAUUUUGUCUACA